AUGAAAUUCAAAGACCGGCUCGGCGCCGCCGAGCAGGCGACCCUCAGGUUCCUUCCGUUGCUUCUUCUCGUCUUCUUUGCUGCUGCUCUUAGCGCAGCAGCAGCAGCAGCAGAAGUGGAAGCAGCAGCAGCAGCAGCAGCAGCAGCAGAAGUGGAAGCGGCAGCAGCAGCAGCGGAAGUGGAAGCAGCAGCGGCAGAAAUCACAGCGGCGGCAGCGGAAACAGCGACGGCAGCAACUGCAGCAGAAAUAGCAGCAGCGGAAAUAGCAGCAGCAGCUGCUGCAGCAGAACUAGAAGCAGCAGCAGCAGCAGCAGCAGCAGCAGAACUCGAAGCAGCAGCAGCAGAGCCGCCUCUGAGCUGGAGUGAAGAGUGGGCAGCAGCUGCAGCAGAUUCGGUUCUUCCUUUAGAAGACACUUUUGACCUUUCGGAAUUAAAUGAAAAUAAAACAAAUGAGUUUUCCCUUCAAGAGACCCGCUACUUGGAAGACUCUCAAGUGAGCAGCAGCAGCAGCAGCAGCAGCAGCAGCAGCAGCAGCAGCAGCGGCAGCAGCAGCAGCGGCGGCGAGAUGGAGGCGGCAACUGGAGGCGCGGAGCCCUCAGCAUACAUGAGCGCAGCACCGAUCCCUGCAGCAGCAGCAGCAGCUGCUGCUGCUGCUGCUGCGGCUGCUCCUCUUCCUGCAGCAGCAGCAGCAGCAGCUUCUGCUCCUCUUGCUGCUGCAGAGGAUGCUGCUGCUCCUCUCGCUGCUGCAGUGGGUGCAGCAGCUCCUCUUCCUGCUGCAGUGGAUGCUGCUGCUCCUCCUGCUGCUGCAGUGGAUGCUGCUGCGCCUCUUCCUGCUGCAGUGGAUGCUGCUACUCCUCUUGCUGCUGCAGUGGAUGCUGCUGCUCCUCCUGCUGCUGCAGUGGAUGCUGCUGCUCCUCCUGCUGCUGCAGUGGAUGCUGCUGCUCCUCUUCCUGCUGCACUUGUUGUUUCCCUUUCUUCUGAAGCAGCUGCUGCUACUCCUGCUGCAGCAGCUGCUGCUGCUGCUGCUGCUCCCCCUGAGGCAGCUGCUGCUCCUAUUCCUGCGCUAGCUGCUGUUCCUAGUCCUGCUGCAGCUGCUGCAGCUCCUACUCCUGCUGCAGCUGCUGCAGCUCCUCUUCCUGCUGCAGCCGCUGCUCCUGUUUCUGCUGCAGCAGCUGCUGCUGCUGCUCCUGCUGCAGCCCCUGUUCCUGCUGCAGCUGUUGCACCUCCUGCUCCUGCUGCUGCAGCUCCUACUCCUGCUGCAGCUGCUGCAGCUCCUACUCCUGCUGCUGCAGCUGCUGCAGCUCCUAUUCCUGCUGCAGCUGCUGCAGCCCCCGCUCCUGCUGCAGCUGCUGCAGCCCCCGCUCCUGCUGCAGCUGCUGCAGCUCCUGCUCCUGCUGCAGCUGCUGCGGCAGCGGAAGAUGCUGCCGGAGCAGAAGCAGCAGCAAAAGACACAGAAGAAGAAGCAGCAGCAGCAGAAGACACAGAAGAAGCAGCAGCAGCAGCAGAAGACACAGAAGAAGAAGAAGAAGAAGAAGAAGAAGAAGAAGAAGAAGAAGAUGAAGAAGAUGAAGAUGAAGAUGAAUAUGAUGAAGAUGAAUAUGAAGAUGAAGAUGAUGAAGAAGAAGAUGAAGAUGAAGAUGAAGAUGAAGAUGAAGAUGAUGAAGAAGAAGAAGACGAAGAAGAUGAAGAAGAUGAAGAAGAAGAGGGAGCUAGCAGCAGCAGCAGCAGCAGCAGCAGCAGCAGCAGCAGCAGCAGCAGCAGCAGCGCGGGGGAGGUGCUGUUCACGGGGACAGCGCACGAGCUGCCCAUACACCUGAGGCCGCGGGAGGGCGGAAGCGACCCUGGCUAUUUGAAGCUGAUGCUGGACGAAAGGGCUUUUCAGCAGCUGCUGGACUCCAACUUCAGACCCAGCAGCAGCAGCAGCAGCAGCAGCAGCAGCAGCAGCAGCAGCGGCAGCAGCGGCAGCAGCAGCAGCGGCAGCGGCAGCGGCAGCGGCAGCGGCGCGGAAGAGGAGAGCGAGGAGCAAGGCGCCGCCGCGGCGCCCGGAAGCCCAGACCAGCAGCAGCAGCAGCAGCAGCAGCAGCAGCAGCCGCAGCAGCAGCAGCAGCAGCAGCAGCAGCAGCAGCAGCUGCCGCCGCAGAACGGAGUGUUUGUGGGGAGUUUCCCAGUGACUGUGGAGGAGCUGGGGCUGCGUUUCGCGAGAGCAGCAGAACUCGGAGAAGGAAUUUAUUUGCCACUUUUGAAGUUGCGGAAAAAGAAAAGAAGUGGAGGCCGGGGUGUACGUACACCCCAGGCGGGCCGGGGUGUACGUACACCGCAGGCGGGCCGGGGUGUACGUACACCGCAGGAGGGCUGGGGUGUACGUACACCGCAGCUGCCGCUGGAGGAGUGGGGCGAAGAUUAUUUUGAAGAAGUAAAAGUGCAAAAAGAAAAAACUCUUUUGAAAGUUGCUGCUCUUUGGCUGGGGCCUCCGGACUUCGACAAAAUCCACCAACUCCUCGACAGCCACCCCGGCCUCUUCGAAGGCCUUUACUUCAACUCCGCUGCUGCAGCAGCAGCACCAGCAGCAGCAGCAGCAGCAGCAGGAACAGCAGCAGCAGCAGCAGGAACAGAGGCAGCAGCAGCAGCAGCAGCAGAGGACUGCACACAACUGGUGAAGCGCUUUGCUGCUGCUGCGCCACACACACUCUCGCGUCUUCAGUCUUCUCGCUUAAUAAUAAUUAAUAAUAUAAUAAUAAUAAUAAUAAUAAUAAAAUAA